AUGUACACAGCGAAAUUCUCGCCGGACCAUCUAGUUUCCGAAUGCAUCGACCGUAUUCGGGCGGUCACUGACGCUCCAUUGGCUCAUUGUGAUAUUGCUUUUCAGACGGUUUUACAAGUUCUAAAACCACAUUUAUCCGACUCCUCCUGCUGGAAUCUUCUGGAACAGUCAUCUCAAAACUAUCAGGUCGACAUUGCCACGUGUCACGAUCGGAAAGUGCUGGAAACAUGCUCCAGCGCACUUUAUGAUAUUUUUCAGGAGAAACAAGAGCUCAGCUACUCGGCCGAACAGGACGACGAGGCGAUUUGCACUCAGCUAGUUUCAUUUUGUGACAUAGUUAAAAAAACCGACUACCGUAUUCCGCUGGCAGUGACUUCAGCGAAUCAUUGGGACUGGUUGGCUCAAUUAUUGAUUGUUUUGCAAACGGACCAAAACGACGCUGUAAGGGAGCAAUUGCUGAUAACGCUAAAAAUUCUAAUGGAAAAUUGUGGGGACCCGGUGAAAAAGUAUCUCCUGGACACCCAAUUGGCGAUUUCUCUCGUCCCGUUGACCCAAAAAUCGAAUGGAAUUCAAAUUCCCGCGCUCAAAAUUCUGGCACUCAUGUAUACGGUAGUUGGUGAUGACGUGGCAGUGCCUUUGGAGCAAAUGGACCACCUAAACACGGAAUUCUUCCGCCGUCUCUACCCACACAUCAAUGAUUAUGAUAAAGUGGACGUACUGGAAUUGUGCACAAAUUUCGGUGGGCUAAUCGAAAAUCAACAAGACUCCGCCCCUUUUUCGCUUUUCGAACCAAUGAGAGACGAUCCGUAUUCGUGUGCGGAAUUCGGGAUUGUUAUGAUACAGGAGACGAAUCGAAAGUGUACAGCACGUCGUCUGAAAUUCCUCUACCACGUCAUCGAGCUCGGCGAGCCAGUUUUGACGAAAAUGUUUUAUGAGAAUGAUUUGAAAGUCCUGGCACACGUCUUGGCUCGAGAAUCGAUCAAUCACGAUGAUCGGGAGGUCCGUCAACUCUGUCUGUGUUCUCUGCGUCUCUUACUUUCUACGAAUAUCGUCAAAGCCGACGAAGACAUUCAAUAUGCCCUAGACAAUUUUGAUGAAACCUAA